AGCUCCUUGAUUAUGCGAAAUGGCAACCUCAACUUCUUGUGAUGUUAGUGAAAUAAGACAUGAUGUGUUCAUCAGCUUCACAGGCAUAGAUGUCCGCAGAGGUCUUCUUAGCCAUUUGAAAAGAGAAUUACAUCGCAAACAUAUUGAUGCCUAUGCGGAUGAGAGACUUGAUAAAGGGGGUGAAAUAUCAUCCUCACUUCUCAGAGCAAUUGAAGCCUCAAAAAUUUUAUUGGUCGUAUUCUCCAAACACUAUGCUUCAUCACAUUGGUGCCUGGAAGAGCUUGCCAAAAUGAUUGAAUGCAUGGAAACAAAUAAACAGAUUGUUCUACCUGUUUUCUUCGAUAUAGAUCCAUCAGAGGUUCGACACCAAUAUGGAGAUUAUGGAGAUGCUUUAGCUGAACAUGAAGAAGAGUUCAAGGAAAACAUGCAAAUUUGGAGAUCAGCUCUGAAAACAGCUGGUUGUUUAUCCGGAUUUCAUUAUCCAACAAAUUAUGAGAAUGAAUCUGAUCUUGUGGAGAAAAUUGUGGAAGACAUUUCAGUAAAAUUGAGCAAGUUUUACCCAAGUGAAUCAAAUGGUCUUGUUGGAAUUGAUCAAAACGUUACACAGAUUCAGUCGUUACUGCGAGUAGAAUCAAAUGAAGUUCUUUUUGUUGGAAUUUGGGGCAUGGGUGGCAUAGGUAAGACAACCAUUGCUCGUGCUAUAUUUGAUAAAUGUUCUCUUCAGUAUGAUGGCUGCUGUUUCUUCAAUGUAAGAGAAGAAUCAGAACGGCAUGGUAUCAGCAAUUUACGAGAGAGGCUCAUUUAUGAACUACUUGAAGGAGAAGGUCUCCAUAUAAACAAAGCAAGAUUCUUCCGUUCUGCUCCACGAAUGCUGGGUCGGAAAAAAGUUAUGGUAGUGCUUGAUGAUGUAAAUACUUCUGAAGAAUUAGGGUAUCUGGUCACAAAACCAGUUUGCUUCGGUGCAGGGAGUAGAGUGAUAAUAACAAGUCGAGAUCAGGAUGUGCUUAUAAGUGGAGGACUUGAUCAAAUUCAUGAGGUCAAGGAAAUGAAACCUCUUGAUUCUCUCAAGCUCUUCUGUUUGAUUGCCUUCAACGAAAGCCAACCCAAAAUGGGAUAUGAAAAACUAACUGAAGAGGUGCUUAAAAUCGCCCAGGGCAACCCCUUAGCCUUGAAAGUUUUAGGUGCAGAAUUCCAUUCCAGAAGUACUAUAGACACAUGGAAGUGUGCAUUAAGAAAAUUCAAGAAGUAUCCGAAUGAGAAAAUUCUAAAUGCGAUAAGAUUCAGUUAUGAUGGACUGCAUGAAGUAGAGAAAAAGGCCUUCCUAGACAUUGCAUUCUUUUUCCAAGAAGACACCAAAGCCUAUGUUAUAGAGCAACUGGAUGCAUGGGGACUUCAUGGAGCCAGUGGAGUGGAGGUUCUCCAACGAAAAGCUCUUAUAACAGUUUCAAAUGAUAAUAUAAUACAAAUGCAUGACCUGAUACGUCAAAUGGGUUGCGAAGUAGUUCGUCAAGAAUGUAUUACACAUCCAGGAAGACGCACCCGAUUGAGGGAUAAAGAGGAUGUAUACAGUGUAUUGAGGUAUGAACUGGGAAGCGAUAAGAUGGAGGGCAUGCAAGUAGACGUGUUUCGAAUUAAAGACUUGCCGCUGAAAGUAGGCACUUUUAAAAAGAUGCCUUGUCUGAGAUUUCUGAAAUUUUAUCUCCCCGAUGAUAAUAUUUUCCUGCCACCAAACCCGGAUGGAACGUUAUGGUAUGAAAAACGUCACUUUCCGUUGCUUUUAUCUGCAUGGUGCAAAGACCUCAUGAGAGUUGCAUGUGAGAUUCAGAUAAAAUGUGUCGACUACGUUUAUUUUGAUGGUUACUCGCAUCCUUCCCUAACAUCGACGCUAAGAAACCGUGGAAGGGAAAUACGAUCGUCGACAUCGAUGUCAUUGAACAAACUAACUGGUUCCCUCGGGGAUGUUGAAUGCUCAGAUAUACUUGAUCAACAAUUUAAGAUUCUGCCUGAUGGGCUACUUUGCCUGAGAUCUACUUAUUAUCUUAAGCUUUCUAAGAAGAGCACGGGGGAAGACAGUGCAAAACCCAAGUUGCACGUUCUGUUUGACGGCUUAAGGUUUUAUGAACGAAUAUCUGUGAGCAAGUUGAAGAACUCCGAUAUCGAGGGUAAUCGGACGUUGUUUCUUUAUUUUGCAGGUUUGAUCUUUCUAUUUUAUCCCUUUCUUCUCAAGAGACCUUGGUUUCAUUUCCUCUUUUCUUUUCGUUUUGCAUUCUUCUGCACUUUAUUUUUGUAUCUUUUAUGGAAAACCAUCCUUUGACACCCCAUACUCCCUCCCUCUUGUGAACUGCUGGCAGGGCAAAAACUUGUGACUGCAAUUAAAUUUUAACUUUUAUUUCAACUCUAUUGGGCAAUCGGCAACAAUGAAUCAAACUUUGUUUUAGCUUGUU